AUGUGGGUGUCAUUUUCUUGGGGGAACCCCUUCCACACUGCCCUGGGCCGGGUCCCCGGGGACCCCGAGGGCUGCGGCGCGGGAGGGGCCCUGAAAUUGGGAAACUUGGGUGGGGGGCGGACAGCGGGGUCUUUUUUCGUGGGGAGGGUGGCUGGGACCUGCCCCUACGCCUACGGAGGGCAUCGUCCCCGCCCCCCGCCCCGGGUCUCCUUAACCCCUGACGCUCCGGCGGGGACGCGGCUGGGGAGGGACGGCCGUGGGGGAGGCCCCCCCAAGCCGUCCCGUGGAGUCCCGUGGUUUCCCCGUUCCCGCUGCCCCCCGCCGGGGAUGGGUGGGGGCGGGGGUCUGGGAGGGGGGGAUCCAGCUCUGCCCAGCCGCGUCCGGACCCCUUGGGGGAAUUGUCCAGCCAUGGAUGGGCGCUUCGCCGUGCAUCUUUUGCUCCUGUGCCUGAGCCCAGCCCUGCUCUCCGCGGUCCGCAUCAGCGGGGACGGCCAGGAGGUCCUGUACCUGGCCGAAGGGGACAAUGUCCGCUUGGGCUGUCCCUACAUGCUGGACCCCGAGGACUACGGCCCCAACGGGCUGGACAUCGAGUGGAUGCUGCUCAACUCGGACCCCUUGCACCGGGAGAAUGUGUUUCUCAGCUACCAGGACAAGCGCAUCAACCAGGGGAGCCUCCCGCACCUGCAGCAGCGAGUCCGCUUCGCCGCCCAAGACCCCAGCCAAUAUGAUGCCUCCAUCAACCUCAUGAACCUGCAGGUCGCCGACACGGCCACCUACGAGUGCCGGGUCAAGAAGACCACCAUGGCCUCCCGCAAGGUCGUCGUCACCGUCCAAGCAAGGCCCGCGGUGCCCAUGUGCUGGACUGAGGGCCGCAUGAGCUACGGCAAUGACCUGGUGCUGAAGUGCUUCGCCAACGGAGGCACGCCUCCCCUGGCCUACAAGUGGACUAAGCUGAGUAGCACCACCCACCCCUACCGUGCCGGCUCCUACAACUCCCAGCACAGCUACCACUCCGAGGUUUCCUACCAGGAGUCCUAUCAAAGCUCCAUCUCCAGCGGCACCGGACUCAACAAUGGAGACCUCGUGUUGAAGGACAUCUCGAAACGAGAUGAUGGCCUGUAUCAGUGCACCGUGGCCAACUACGUGGGCUACAGCGUGUGCGUGGUGGAAGUCAAAGUCAAAGAUGCCCGGCGAGUGGGCAUGAUCAUCGGAGCCGUGCUGGGCUCCCUCCUCAUGCUGGCCUCCCUCUUACUUGGAAUCUGGGGCCUCGUCUGCUGGUGCUGCGUCGGGACCGGCGCUGGCCGAGGCAAUGGCUUCGGCUUCGGCAAUGGCGGCGGGGUCAGGGGCGGUGACCCCUGCGAUCUGGCGAGUGAGAUCAGAGAGGACGCCAUGGCCCCCUCGUGCUCGGCCGGCGGCCGGGGCGGGGGCCUCCCCCGUCUCCUGGGCUACCCGACGCAGAACGUCAGCCAAUCGCUGCGCCGCAAGUACGCCCCGCCCCCCUGCGCCGCCCACGAGGACGUGCCCCUGGCGCCUUGCGCCGCUGUGGGGGGCGCCGCCGCCGCCGCCGCCACCGCGGCGGCAGACCCCGCCCCCUGCGAGGCGGGCCACGCCCCCAUCUACGUCAAGGUCAAGAGCGCCGAGCCCGCCGACUGCGGGGCGGGCCGCGCAGUCAAGGACGGCUGCCUCGUCUGA